AAUUUGUUUAUUACAGCUCGAGACGUAUGUGCAUUAGCUGUCGCUAAAAUAAGCAUGUGCAGCUUUUUGUGGCCGCUUACGUCGGCACCGCCGGUACAAACCUUCGAAAUAAGAGCACAAUGUUUUGCGCGCUUUUUACCACUACGAAAACAGUUAGCUUCUGCUUCGUGAAUGAUCCGCUGUGGUUAAACACCCGUGGGCCUUGCUCUCCUGUUUGGAGGCUUCUACUACACCCAAAGUGCAGAUAAGUCUGCGAAGAGACCUAAACGGCGAGCAGGAGUAAAUUGAACCCAACGGCGACACCGCUGUUAGCCUUAGCCACAGCCCGAGGCCUGCUCAGGAAGCGGGCGGGAGCUUUUAUUUUCCAAAACUGCUUCUUCAUCUUACCUGCCAAGGCUGUAGAUUCAGAUCAUUAUACCUGUUCGCAAGCUUUUAAUAUUUAUGUUAGACGUCCACAAGUCCGCGUUUGGAUUUUGAGCUGUUAAUUAGACAAUUAAUAUGCACCGCGGUUCGUUCUCACACUCUUUGUCAUUAACAGGAGAGAAAUCUACAAACCGAGAGCAAAGAGGAGGCGAAGCUGUGACUCUUCAGCAGCUCUGACACACUACUCACACAGCAGUGAUGGCGCAUGUCUUCAACCAUGGGAAGCUGCUCCUGCAGCGCCUGCACCAGCAGCGGGAGAUGGACUUUCUGUGUGACAUCACCAUAAUGGUGAAGGACGUGGAGUUCAGGGCUCACCGUAACAUCCUCGCUGCGUUCAGUGAGUAUUUCUCCUCCCAUGCUGAAAAGGGGGAAGAGAUCACGACUUUGGACCCCGACAAGGUCAGCCGGUACUCGCUGGAGAAGCUCCUGGAGUUCGUCUACACGGGACACAUGAACCUCAGCAGCACCCGACAAGCGGCCGUACGGCGAGCUGCCAUCUUCUUAGGAAUGGCCGAGGCCACGAAAUAUCUGGAGGAGUUCCCUCACUGGUCUGAGCUCGGCGAAACGUCACAGUCGGAGGCAGAUAAAGAGACGGGUCUCUCGCCUCCCAGCCCCGCCUCCCCAAGCAGCCCCACCUCCCCAGUCCCACUAUCCAUAGUCUCUGUUGCGGGGGAAUGGCACGAGGAAGGUAAGGGCAGCAGAGAGCAGGAUGAUGAGGGCAGAGAUAUGUUUGUGGAAGACGAUGAAGAGUACACCCCAAGCACACCAAGGAGCACCGGGAGAGUAGGGGGCAGGAAGAGAGGUAGAAAGCCUAAAAGUUUUGGCGACGAGCAGAUGGAGGCGAGCAGCUCGGCUGACGGCAUGCCCAAAAUCUACAGCUACAGAGGGAGAGGACGAGGGAGAGGCAGGGGCAGGGGCAGGGGGAGAGGAAGAGGAAGAGGAAGAGGGAGCUUAAAAAGUCAAGAACUCUAUUUGGAUGACUCUGAUACGAGCGUGAAGGACUUUGGAGACACCUCAGCAGACUGGAGCCCCUCACAGGGGGAAGAAGAUGAGGAGGAGCCUGGGAUGAAGAGGCCGAGGCUGAGCACCGGAGAGGGGAGGAGAGGGCGAGGCCGCGGGAGAGGGAGAGGCCGCGGGAGAGGCAGGGGCCGAAACAGGGGACAGACCGAUGAGGAGGAGGAGGAGGAGGAGGAGGCGGGGGAUGACAGCAUUGGCGGAGGCACAGAGGAGGAGGAGGCGGGGGAGGGAGUGGAAGAGGGCGAGAUCGGGGAGAUGGAUGCGCUGGCUCUGGGCGAGAUGUCGCUGUCGUGCACAGAGUGCAACAAACUGUUUAAAGACGUGAGCAGCCUGCGCCGCCACGAGAAGAUCCACAAGGGGCUGAAGCCGUUCGCCUGCAUCUUCUGCUCCAAAACCUUCAGGCAGGCCACGCAGCUGAAAACACACCUGCGCAUACACACAGGCGAGAAGCCGUUCAAUUGUGCCGAUUGUGACAAGUGUUUCGCUCAGAAGUGCCAGCUGGUCGCUCACCGCCGAAUGCACCACGGCGAGGAGAAGCCGUACACCUGUGAGCGCUGCGGCUUCAAGUUUGCUACCUCGUCCAAUUAUAAAAUACACAUCAGACUGCACAGCGGGGAGAAACCGUACGUCUGUGACAUCUGCGGCCAGGCGUUCGCUCAGUCCAGCACGCUGACGUACCACAAGCGACGACACACUGGGGAGAAACCGUACCAGUGCGACCUGUGUGGCAUGUCCUUCUCUGUGUCUUCCUCUCUCAUUGCCCACACACGUAAACACACUGGCGAGACUCCGUACAAAUGUUCGCAGCCUAAAUGCGACGCCAAAUUUGUCACAUCAUCUGAACUGAAGAAACACAUGCGGCGACUUCACCCAGAGGGGAACAGCGGCGUGCAGUGCCUGCUCUGUGGAAACAGAUUUGCCAGCGUGAAGAACAUGAUCAAACACCAGGACAAAGCUCACGCCGACGAAGUGCGGCAACACAAGGAGAGAGCCCGAGCCGUGGUCCUGCUGUCCACCAGCCAUCCCGUGGCCUUCGUCCAGAGCAAGCUCUCCCAGGAGAACAAAGGUUUGGGCUCCAUCCCCGAGGGCGAGCCGGCCAACCCUGAACCGGCCACUCCCAACCCCAAAGCCACCGACCCCGCCGCGGCUGCCUCCGACGUCGCCACCACUGACUCUGCUGCAACCACCGCCAGCGUGACCGCUGACAGCAUCACGGACGCCGCCGCCAUCAUCCAGGACUUCAAGGCGGAGCCCACGCACACCCCUCUCACCACCACAGAGCAGGUGACCUUCGACGCCGAUCAGGAGCAGACCAUCAACUCGGACACGCUGCACGCGCUGGUGGAGCAGCUGCGGCCGCCGCCUUCGCCCGCACAGACGCUGGAGCAGAUUGUCAUCAUCAAGACGGUGGACAACAUGGACAACAUGCCCCCCCAGCAGUGAGGCCUGAGUAACACUGAUCAGAACUAAACUUCAGUUUUAAACAGUCACUCGCUGAUUGGCAUAAAGUCAGUGCUCAUGUUCAGGAUAAAAAAAUCAACAUUUGUAAAGAUAAUCUACAAUACAAAGACAAUUUGGUCCAACUCGGGCUUUAUUUUCAUAGUUUUGACCAUCAUUUCAACCUGUGGUACAAACAGGAAAUGCGAGCAGUCGAGUUAGAAACUAACAUCAAGGUUAGACAAAAUAUUUUGGA